AACCCACCUCUUCAUUAUUAUUUUAUGGUGGUAGACUAUUUCAACAGUAUAUAGUAGAUAACUAUGUAAAAAUCGAAUCUACAUGUCUUAAUUACCUACGUUAUAAUCAAAAUAAAAUCCGCCAAGAACACUAUCAAGGCUUGCAAGAUUCUUUUCAAUUAGGAAUAGUUAAUAUAUCUGAUAUAGGACAAAGAAUUAUUUUACCUUCAACUUUCAUAGGUGGAUUUCGCAACAUGUAUCAAAGAUAUCAAGAUGUGAUGGCUUUGGUCUAA